CGCGGGUGGAGGGGGCGGUUCCUCGAGUGUCAGCAGCCGGAGGGUGGGCAGGCUGGCGGCAGGUGCCGCCGAGGCCGCUGCCGCAGCCUCCUGCGAGUCCCGGGUCUCCUCGUCGUCCGACGGUGAUGAGCUGGACUCCCUCGGGGGCUGCACCUGCCGGCUGCCCAUCACCCGGAGCCUCCCGGCGUGACCUCGGCCUCCUCGUGCCCGAUCCUCGCGGCGUGGUUGUGCCCCUGAGAGGCAGGGGCAGCGGCCUCCUCCGCCCCGAGUCCUAGCUCGGGGGCAGCACGGGGAGAGCGCCUGGCCCCCUCCCCUCCCCCGUCCGCUGUCCUCAAUGUCUCCCCGGCGGGGAGGGGGCUGCCUGGGAGACGCGCUGAGCGGCCCCCCCCGGAGGCCCGUCGGCCGCAGCAGCAGCGCUCAGCCCGGCGCCCCGCAGCCUUGCCCGGCGGCGGCGGCCUGGAGGAGCCUCGCAGCCGCCGCCGCCCCCGGAGCCUCGCAGCCGCCGCCGCCACCCGGCGCCCGAGGAGAGGGCGGCGGGCGCCCCCCGGGGAAGAUGAAGGCGGAGGGCGGCGAUCACUCCAUGAUCAACCUGUCGGUGCAGCAGGUCCUGAGCCUCUGGGCCCACGGGACGGUGCUGAGGAGCCUCACGGAGAUGUGGUACUGGAUCUUUCUCUGGGCUCUCUUCUCCUCUCUGUUUGUCCAUGGUGCUGCAGGAGUGUUGAUGUUUGUGAUGCUGCAGAGACAUAGGCAGGGGAGAGUAAUCUCUGUCAUUGCAGUCAGCAUCGGAUUUCUGGCUUCUGUAACUGGAGCAAUGAUUACUAGUGCAGCAGUAGCGGGCAUUUACAGAGUCGCAGGGAAGAACAUGGCCCCUUUGGAAGCCCUGGUGUGGGGCGUUGGACAGACUGUACUGACAUUAAUCAUCUCCUUUUCAAGGAUCCUCGCCACACUUUGAGGUUUCUGUGGGAAUGUCUUACUUCACAUAAGGAAACAGAUGUACAGAGUCUCUGAAAAUGGCAUUGUUAACAGGUGGGAAUGAUACUGUACAAGAAUUUGGAAGGAGCCGGCAGAAGCUAAGGCCUUGAGCUGCAUGGAAAGAUUGCCCUCUGGUGUUCGAGUGAUUGCACUACCGCACUGCACCUCACGUGCCUCCGUCCCAGGCAAGGCCAACGACACUGAGAAGCUGCAAGAAAAAGCACCUUGUUUAGCUGCCAAAUCAGGUUAACAUGGGUGUUGAAUCAUCGUUUAUAACAGUGUUGAGUUACAGGGACGUUUCGAGGAAUUGAUAUAUGUGCCAAACUCUCUUCUUUUUUUAUAAAUUGAUCAUGUGACAAUUUGCAAGUGUAGAUGAGUGCUGUGAACAUGUUUAACAUGAAUUCAGGUAACGUAGUGAGAUUUUUGUUUUGUAACGCUAAACCCUGUAUGAGUGCUGAAUACCGAAUCAUUUAAUAGGAGGUAAAUUAUUUGAUUUUUAAUGUUAAACAUUUCUGGGAUUAGGGCUUUAAUAUGCCUAGGCAUUAUUGUUAUUUAAUUUAUGUGGAAAAUAAUAAUGGAAAACUAGCUAAACUCUUUUAAAGACUCAAAGUAUAUCUGUAGGGCGCAUCCUUUUCACUAAUUUAAAUAACACUUCUAAUAGUCUCCCUCAUACAUAAAUGUUCUAUUGAGAUGAAUUCAAAAACUCUAUGGGUCACACACACUGAUUGUAGUUUGUGUGCAUAAAAAUAUAAUUUGAAAAUAAAAAUUUUCAUAUAAAUUUUGUUAGAAAAGAAGUCUGAAAUGCAUGUUGCAUUAUUUGACCCUUCUAAAGAAAAUUUUUGCCAUGUAUAUCAUGGAGAAAACAUCUUUACAACUAGUAUCUCAGUGGGAUUAUAUUACUUGUUGAUAUGUCUUGAUUUUUGACAAAAUGUAAACAGUCUUUCAUUCUGGAGUAUUAACUAUAUUUAAAGAUGGCCUAAAUUAGGCUGUGAAAACAAAAAGCCACAUUUGUAGAUAAGUAGUAAGUUAUAUAGGAAGAGUAAUAAACUCUUUGAAUAUGUGGUAACAUAAUUUCGCUAAGUAAAAAUUGGGGAAUUUAGUAAAUAAUUUUUAAACUUGGCAACUCAUCUCAGCGUAUCAGAACAGUACUAAACAUAUCUUUAAGUGAUUCAUCUUAGUUUUUCAGUUCUUGAUUUAUGCUGUUGUUUAAGUUUAUUAGAAUGUGUGAUGACUAUUGGAAAUGAAAAAUUCCUUAGUAUAAAACAUUUUAAGGGGUUUUGGCAAUAUAUACUUGUUUUUAAGAGUACAGCAAUGAAGGGAAACAGAACUUUAUUGAACUUAUCUCCUGCUGAGAUUUUUUUUUUAGUACCAGGUACAAUUACAAAUGUGCUAACUCAAAGGAAGAGCCACUGCAGAGAAUAUGAAGAUCAAUCCAGAAAAAUAAUUGGCACCCUCUAGCCUUGCUGUUUUGUAACCUGUUUGAUAAAAAAGUAGGUUUCUAUUAGGUCCCAUUUAAAUUUAAGAUCUUUGUUACCCAUGCCACUUUUCCUUCACCAAAAUGCAGACUAUAUCAACAACUCAACAGUGAAGAGUUCAGGGGGGUUACUUUUACCAGUGGGAAAGCCAGUUUGGGGGAGUUUCUCAUGAUGUGGCUUGGAAAUUUGUUUUAAAGAAAAACAGUUAGCAGCUGUGCACUCUUAGAGAUCAUUGAAGUAAAAAAAUGACUUUUUAAUUAUGUAUAACCCUGAAAUUAUUUUCAUGUGUUCUUUAUAUUCUUGAUAUUUUCCCAAAUUAAAUUUAGGCAUAAAUUUUCCAAA